AUGGCGCGAUACACGGUGGAAGUGGGCAAAGCUGCUAAUGAACAUGAAACGGCGCCCAGAAGAAAUGUUACCAAUGCGAAGGAAGCGAUGAUUAGACCUGCUGGAUACAGUUGUGACACGGUGUAUGAGUUUGCGAUGGAGGCGUUUGGGAAGGGCGGGAGCCGGCAGGCAAUGGGCUGGAGAGAUGUUGUGGACAUCCACGAGGAAAAGAAGAUGGUCACCAAGAAAAUCAGUGGUAAGGAGCAACAGGUGGAGAAAACAUGGCAGUAUUUCGAGUUGACUCCCUACCGGUACAAUACUUAUAAGGAGCUGAUAACGAUUAUGCACGAUCUGGGGCGUGGUUUGGUCAAGAUCGGCGUGAAGCCGGGCCAGACAGAGAAAUUGCACAUCUACGCGUCUACUUCUCACAAGUGGAUGAAGAUGUUUCUUGCUGCGCAAUCGCAGAAUAUCCCGGUGGUGACGGCGUACGAUACGCUGGGGGAGAGCGGGCUGAUUCACUCCAUGGUUCAGACUGGGACAAACGCAAUGUUUACCGAUAAUCACCUGUUGCAGUCGUUGAUCAGGCCUUUGGAACAAACACCGGAGAUCAAAUAUGUCAUUUACAACGAGGCGAUCGAAGAAUCUGACAAGAGACAGAAUGGUCAAGUGUAUCUGAAUGCCAAGAACGCUCUGAACAAGCUGAAAGAGGUUAGGCCCGACAUCAAGUUCUACUCAUUUGAUGAGCUGUUGGAGACUGGUCGCAACGCGAAGGAUGAGGUCGAAUUGAGCUUGCCCAAGGCAGAAGAUGUCUCUUGUAUCAUGUACACUUCGGGUUCCACAGGUGACCCUAAAGGUGUGGUUUUAACUCACGCUAACAUUGUAGCCGGCAUUGGUGGUGUUAGUAGUAACACUAGCGAUAUCAUAGGUCCGCGUGACCGUAUUAUUGCGUUCUUGCCUCUGGCUCACAUCUUCGAGCUGGUGUUCGAGCUGAUAUCGUUCUGGUGUGGUGGUGUUUUGGGUUAUGCAACGGUCAAGACCCUAACCAGUAACUCGGUACGCAACUGUCAAGGUGACCUGCAAGAGUUCAAGCCCACCGUCAUGGUUGGCGUCGCCGCCGUGUGGGAAACCGUCAGAAAGGGUAUCUUGGCUCAGAUCAAUAAGCUACCUGUCUUGUCCCAGAAGAUAUUCUGGACCGCGUAUCACGCAAAGAUCAAGAUGAAGCGCUAUCAUAUUCCUGGUGGUGAUAGUCUUGGUAACUUGGUGUUCAAGAAGAUCAAGCAGGCCACCGGUGGAAACUUGAGAAUCACAUUGAAUGGUGGUUACCCAAUUAGUAUCGAUGCCCAGGAAUUUAUCACCAAUUUGAUGUGUCCCAUGCUGAUCGGUUACGGUUUGACUGAAACGGUCGCUAACACCUGUGUCCUGCAACCAAACCGCUUUGAGCUCGGUGUGGCAGGUGAUCUGACCGGCGCUGUCACGGUCAAGCUGGUUGACGUGGAAGAACUAGGCUACUUGGCAAAGAACAACCAAGGUGAAGUAUGGAUUAAAGGAGCCUCCGUGCUAAAGGAAUACUACAAGAACCCUGAAGAGACUGCCAAAGUCAUGACAGAUGAUGGCUGGUUCAAGACUGGUGAUAUUGGUGAGUGGACCUCCAAUGGUCACUUAAAGGUCAUCGACAGAAAGAAGAACCUGGUCAAGACUCAAAAUGGUGAAUACAUCGCUUUGGAGAAAUUGGAAGCAGUAUAUAGGUCCAAUGCAUAUGUGCAAAACAUCUGCGUUUAUGCUGAUCAGUCCAAGGUUAAACCAGUCGGUAUUGUCGUGCCCAACCACGGUCCGUUAGCUGAACUUGCCGUCGAGGUAGGAGUCAUGAAGGAUGGCGAUGACGUGGAAAGCCAUCUGCACGAUUCAAACUUGCAGAAGGCUGUCCUAGAGAGGCUUUUGAAAACCGGUAAGGCUCAGGGAUUGAACGGUAUUGAGCUGCUAGAAGGUGUUGUAUUUUUCCAUGACGAAUGGACUCCACAGAAUGGCUUUGUCACCUCUGCCCAGAAAUUGAAGAGAAAAGAGAUUCUCAACGCUGUCAAGGAAGACGUCGAGAAGGUCUACAACGAGAAAUAA